UUUUUACGCACAGACAAGCGCACGGCACCUUUGUGAACCAGCCUAGAUGCUAAAGUAGUCUAAGCGUUGGCCUCACUUAACCACGGGUCCAAUUCCUGCGGUUUACUGGUCAAAACCGGUAUUCUCCAAAUCCAUAAGGGAUUUACCAUUUCCCUGCAACAGCGUUUUGUUCAGCAUCAAACUUUGCUAUGGGCAAGAAGUCUCGCGAAGAGGACUCCUCUUCUUCUGAUGAAGAGGAAUAUGUUGUGGAGAAGGUGCUGGACAGGAGGGUGGUGAAAGGCAGGGUUGAGUUCUUCUUGAAGUGGAAAGGAUACUCAGAAAAGCACAACACGUGGGAGCCAGAGAAGAAUCUCGACUGCCCAGAGCUUAUUUCAGAAUUCAUGAAGACCUACAAGAAAAGCAGCGGUGGAAGUUCCACACCUAGCAGCGGGGCCAGCAAAUCAAGCUCGGGCUCCUCAGGACGCUCCAAAGAAUCCAGUACCUCAAAGAAGAGAAGCUCUGACGACGACGAGGAGGGUGGAAGCAAGCCCAAAAAGAAGAAGGAGGAAGAGAUUCUAGUUGCCCGCGGCUUUGAGAGAGGACUUGAGCCAGAGAAGAUCAUUGGGGCAACUGACUCAUGUGGUGACCUAAUGUUUCUAAUGAAGUGGAAAGACUCUGAUGAAGCAGACCUUGUGCUUGCCAAGGAGGCCAAUCACAAGUGUCCACAGAUUGUCAUAGCGUUCUAUGAGGAACGUCUCACCUGGCACGAAGACAGUGACAAGAAGGAGAAGGAUGCUGUUAGUGCAUGAGUGGAUCACUUUCGGAGGAAACAUAACCUCCUCCACUGCAGGGACAACAUUGAGUCGGACAUUUUUUCACACCCAAACUUCCCAUCCUUCCUCUUUACCAUGUCCAACAACGACACACAGGCAGUGGGCACUGUUGUGAAUAUCUUCAUCCAUAACCCACUGGAGCACACGGCCCCAGACUGCUGACAAGUAACGAUCACACCGAGGGAGAGGCUGUAGCUGACAUGGGUGAUAUGCUACUGGAGUGGGUUCUGCUGUUCUGUCUUUGUAUUCUUUACCUUCUUUUUAAUGUCUUAACACAUGUUUUAGUGCUCACAGGAUACUAUUAAGUCAGUAAAGUAUUUUUCAGUUUUGGCCAUCUGUUUAAACUCAGUACAUAAGCUGCAGAGCCAGGGUUUCUACAAAAGCAGUGUUAACUAUGAGCUUGUCCAACCUAAGGUGCACAACCCCCAACCCAAGUCUUUAUAGGCUGUGCACCUUCCUGUGUUCAGAACCCACUAACACUGCUGAAGAUAAGACCAUAGUAUCAAUAUACAGGAAGCAACCACCGCAGACCUUUCCUGACUACAUAAUCACUUCUUCUUUUUAAAAAAAAAAAUCUUUUUAUCUUCUAGAUUUUUUUAGUUUGUUCUGUCUACCAGAAUACAACUACCCAGUUUGAAAUUUGCAAAUGAUGCCAGCCAAUAUGUGUUUUUAACAGUGGUUAUUGCUUGGUUAUUUUUAUCUCCUCUUUUUUUCAUGUUGAAUGUGAACUUUGUGGUGUUUUUUAAAAUUCCUCCAUGCUAUCACCAGUUCAAGUAAAGGAUAAUAAAACAAACUGUACUCUAUUUGGUAUCUCCUGUUUCCCUUUUUAUCUGCAGUGUUACAAUUGGACCAGUCUCAUGUUAUCAUGUUGGACAAUCUUGUACCCAAACCAGCAUUUGUCAACAGUCACUGGAGUCUGCCACCUUGUGGCUUAAUGAUGAAAAACUUUUGGACCAUGUGAUCCGUCUCAAAUAUUACAACCCUGCAGUUUUAUUAUGUUGAUCAUCAGUAAGUGAUCCUUGGAUAUUUUUUACGGUGUAAAGUGUUACAUUAGACUUGGCUAUUACAGUUUUUUCACAAUUGUAUUUUUAAUAUGAAACUUUGAAACCAUUUAAUUGGAAUAUCCAUACCCUGGCCUUUAUUGAUAUCCGUCAUUUCUUUUUGCAUAGAAAUAUUAAAACUUCUCAAAUACAGACUCCUUGGACCAAUUUAUUUUAGUUUCUAAAGACUGAUAACUGCUCUCAUUUUUUAGCUUUUAUUCGCGUUUGAAUAAAGGCUGUCACCUCCUCUUUGGUUCUGUGUAUCAACCCUGUCCCUUGACAACACUUAAAAUAUGUUUUUGGUGUUUUUUUUUCAUUAAAAAAUGUGUUUUCA